ACAAGCGAAACUGUCGCGAAAAACAGUGUUAGUGCCGUUUCCAGUAAAAGCGCACAAACUAAUAUGGACCCUCUUGACUUUGCUGAUUUUCAAAUGCCUGACAUAGAAGAAAACGCUGACUCUAAUGUUGAAAUUACUGACGCGGAUCUCGUGGAUCCUGUUCUUUUGGGUGAAUUGCAAGCUUUGACCGGAAAUACUCUGCCUAACACUUCGAAACCCAAACCUAAAGAACGACCAAAAACUGUUCAGUCAAACCCGGUAGCUGUUCAACACAUUGACAUCGAGGCUAUAGAAGCAUUGGGCAAUGAAGACAAUGAAGCUGAAGUGGAACUUACAGAAAACGACCUAAAAGAUCCUACAUUGUUAAAAGAAUUGCAUGGACUAGGAAGACAUCAGGGUGAUGAUAAUAGUGAAAAUGAUAUUAAAGCAAUUGAAAAGCGAACAAAAAGAGAAAACGUUUUGGUGACUCGUAGUUCACUGGCUGUCGAUAAUAAUAAAAUUGUCAAUGAGCAAAAUCUGAAUACCGGCUCUUUAGACAAGCAGAAUUCAGAAGUAGUUACUUUUGCAACUUCACAAGAAUCUCAGUCUUUGAGCAUAGAAGAGAAGCUUAAGACCGAUGAUCCCGAUGUUUUGGCAAGACUGAUAAAACAAGAAAAACUUGAUGCAGUUCUCAAGAAGCGUGCUGGCGAUAAAAAAGGUGCUCUUGAAUCUAUGAAAACUUACAAACGAUUGGAAGCAAGACACGAAGAAAUUUUGAAAUCUUCGGUCACCCAAGUUAAUGUUGUAGCUACUACAACCAGUCAAAGAACAGACAAUGAGAACAUUACUGAAGUGGAUAAAAUUUCUUCAAAUCAAAUCGAGUCGAAAGAAAAUACGAUAAAAGCAGAAACUGAAAAUAAAAGUGAAGUUUCCCCUCUAACAGAGUCACCAAAUGUGGUUUUAAUAAAUAAAUUAAAGGAUCUUCAGCAGAAAUACAAAAACGCUGCAAUUCAAUUUAAGAAUUCAAGCAACAUCCCAAAGGCAAAAGAAAUGUUAACACUUUCCCAAGAUAUCUUAAAAACGUACAGAAAUUUAGAGAACGGAGGUCAAUUACCGGAUGGAUGGACUAUCCCUGCUGAACCUGAUCUAUCCGAAUUAACAAAGAUCCCUUCUUCCACUCCUAAAAAGAUAUCGCCAAUUAUAAAAACUCCACCAAAUGCAGCGAUGAAAAAUCCAUUCGAAGAUGAAACCCCUUUGAGCAUGAUGUCCAAAGAACAGCAAUAUGAACGUUUGUUAACACAUCUUCAAAAUCAAAUUUCCUCAUGUGCCAAUAUAAUAUCUAACUAUCAAAAAGAAGGUGACAAGACAAACGCAACUCUUUUCUCACGUUAUAAGGAAGAAUUCUCUUGUGAUCUGGAUUCCUUGUCAUCAUAUAAAACCCACGGAAAAGAAAUACCGGCAUUUCAUUUUCAACAAAUUCAAUAUAACACACCAAAUUGUUGUUAUGAAUUGAGUGAAAAUGAAUUAGAAGUAUGCAUAGACCGUGCAUUUAAUCUGGGUAACAAGGAAGUGAGUGGCAGAGAUGUUGAAGCAUAUGUUAAUUGGGAUAUAGGAUGGCCACCUGAAGGAAGUUCUGGCGCGGGGAGUGGGAAAGGCGAUACUUCCGUUGCGAAGCGAGGAAUCGAUCCCGAAUUUAAUUUCAAAAAGAUUGUAUUGAUUGAUCGUGGUUCACGACUUCAAAGACAUUUGGAACGCAAAAAAGCUCUUUUUGAAGUUUUCCAUUAUAGAGGAUUUUUUAGAAAAGCAGUAUCUCUUGGGAAAGUUCAGGUCAAAUUGGAUUCCCUUCUCGUGAAGCCUGAAAUACAUGAAAUUUUUGAUCUCGUUGACUCAAGUCGCCGCCCGACGGGUGGUAAAUUAGAAAUAAAAUUACGCGUCAGAAGACCAAUAUCUAAAAAUGUAAAAAAUGAAAUUGUGACCAAAAAUCUAAAAUGGGUUAUUAUUGAUGAAUUUAGAGCGGAUGAUUCUGUAUUUUCAAAUUUGAAAUCCUCCCAUAAUUCAAAAAUGCCUGUGCAACAACAAUCAACGCCAAGUAAAGUGCCCGUGCAACAACCAUCAACGCCAAGUAAAUCGAAUUCUGAUUUUCUGCAAUCGGAAAAUUCACAAAUUGCCAACAAACAAAAAGCAACCACAACGAUGCAGACUCCCAAAAUUAUAAAUAACACAGCAGAUAAAUCCGCUGCAAAUCAGCCCAAAGGCGAAGAAGAUAAAGAACUUGAGCAAGCCGAAGAGGAAUUGAAUAGUGUGGAUAAUCUAGUAUCAAAUCUUGUUCUUGAACAAGAAAUUAAUCUCGUCAAUAAUCAAAUUGCUUCUUUGCAAGCCCAACACAAGCCAGUAUCUGAUGAUUUAGUCGACCGCAAACAAGCAUUAGAGAUUAAAAUGAACCUUUUGGUUAUUCAAGUACAAACUGGGCAAUUAACAAUGGAAAAGUAUUUGGAUCAAGUGAGGAAAAGUAUUUUAAACUUUAAAAAACUUGCCUUGUUUUUCAAACAAGCAGGAAAACUUGAGGAAGCGAAACGAGCUCUCGCAAGGAGUAAGAUCAUGGAAAAAGAGAUAAAAGAAGUUGAAGAAGCAAUGGCAAAUGGUGCUAUGGAGGGAUAA